AUGUUUUCUGUUCCAGGUUGGUCAGUCGAUUCGACCUCACUUGUUCAGGAAAAGCCUGCAGCCAAAAGCGCCAGUCAGGCAUCUUCCGGAGCGUCGGGUUCCACCUCGAGCAAGAGGAAGAGUACCCUUGCCCAUAGCGACCAGGCGUCCAAAGUCUCAGGGAGUGAGCUCGAGAGACUGUGGAACGAGCAGGCCGACGCCAACCCUGCAAGGUCAAAGAAGAAAAAGGCGCAAGAAGAAGAAGAAACCAAUCACAAAAGGCGGGAGACAGGGAAGCGGGACGUGCAGCAAUUGAAGCAACACAAGACCGGGGAUGACGAGGCCGCAGCAACACAGGAAAAAAAGCGCAGCAAGAACAAGGACAAGCACAGGGAGGAUGAACGGGACAUAUCCAAAAACAAGCAACAGUCGGCGCAGAAGAAAGGAGACCGCACAUCGAAAGCAACUCACCCGGGACUGAGCAAUGGCGACGCCGAAACCAUCUCUUCUGCCCGGGACCAGGUUCUCAAGACUCUCCCACCAGCACCGCCGCCGCCUGCGAAGUUGACGGCGCUACAGGCCAAAAUGCGCAGCAAGCUCACAUCGGCGCGGUUCCGUCACUUGAAUGAGACGCUCUACACAACCUCGUCGGCAGCAGCCUUGGACCUCUUUACGAACUCACCAGACUUGUUCGCCGAGUACCACGCCGGCUUCUCUCAACAAGUCAAGGACUCCUGGCCCGUCAACCCGGUGGAAAAGUACAUAGCCUCCAUCAGGCAUCGAGGACAACUACAAACCUCCGAUAGAGACACGAAACAGCGUCCCCUACGAGAAUCUCCGCUUCCUCGCCGCCCCAAGACCUCUCUCUGCACAAUUGCCGACCUGGGCUGCGGCGACGCGCCCCUUGCUCGCGGCUGCCAAUCGGUGAUCAAAUCUCACAAGCUCAAGUUCCACAAUUUCGACCUGCACGCGCCCAGCACCCUGGUCACGAAAGCCGACAUAUCGAAUUUGCCUCUCCGCGACGGCGAGGUGGAUAUAGCGGUCUUCUGUCUCAGCUUGAUGGGCACGAAUUGGAUCAGCUUCGUGGAAGAGGCCUGGCGAAUACUCCGGGGUGACGGCAAGGGAGAGUGCUGGGUCAGUGAGGUGAAGAGUCGGUUUGGAAGGGUAGGCAGACAGAAGGGCGAAGCGGUUGACAACAGCGUGGGGAAGAGGAGGAAGCAGCAGAAGCCGAAUAAGAGGGGUGCGGACGACGAAGAUGCUGCUGCUGCUCUCGGGGAGGAGAUCUAUGCCGAGGAUGCCACGGAAAAGGUUGCUGGCGACGAGACCGACAUCUCGGCCUUUGUCAAGGUCUUUACACGCCGCGGCUUCCAGCUGCGCGAGGACAGCGUGGACAAGUCGAACAAGAUGUUCGUGAGCAUGGCCUUCACAAAAUCCGGCAUCCCCACGGCAGGGAAACACAAGGGUCUCAAGUGGACCGGGAGAGAGUAUCAAAGGGUCGAGCAGGGCAAGACCAACAAACGGGGUCCUGAAGAUGAUGUGACGCCACAAGAAGAGGCAAAGGUGUUGAAGCCUUGCGUUUACAAGACGAGGUGA